CAUCCUUUCAGGAGAUUAAGCUGUCCAAGCAACCAGAUUAUUAUCCCUGAACGGGCUUUCCGUCUACCCCCGUAACCCAUUAUCCAGAUCAGAUUGGUUGCACCCCGCUAAGCUUCUCCUCAAGAAUCCCACAGUCCAGUCGCGCAGAUUCUGAUUGUCUUACAAUCCUCUGCUCUGGAUACACUCACGAGUCAACACUUAUCUUCAAAAGCAUAAUCCGUGUUACAGCGGCACCGGACCUUGUGGGACCUGAGCACCUUACGCAAUAUUCAAUAUCAAUUAACGAUUCUUGACGACUUCACGCCACUACUGUCUUUUCUUCUGAAAAGGAUCGGGAUCUAAUCAGUACUUGACUGCGCAAUUGUGCAGUAAUUCUUUCGAGUGACAAUUCAUUUUACACAACCGUCACCAUGGGUGGGCAAAUUUCCAAGAUGAUGAACAAGAUCUUCGGAUCGAAAGAAAUGCGUCUUUUGAUGCUUGGUCUGGAUGCUGCUGGAAAGACAACUAUACUCUACAAGCUCAAGCUUAAUCAAGACGUUACUACGAUACCCACUGUCGGCUUUAACGUCGAGACUGUCACCUACAAGAACGUCAAGUUCAACGUAUGGGAUGUUGGUGGACAGGACAAGAUCCGGCCUCUCUGGCGCCAUUAUUUCUCUGGAACUCAAGGAUUGAUUUUCGUCAUUGACUCGAGCGACCGCGACCGGAUUGAUGAAGCGCGACAGGAAUUGCACCGCAUCAUCUCAGAUCGAGAAAUGAAAGAGGCUCUUCUCCUAGUGUUUGCCAACAAACGGGACAUUAAGGGUGCAAUGGACCCUGAAGAGGUCAAGCAGCGACUACAACUCGAGAAACUGAGAGACCACACCUGGUUCGUUGAACCUAGCUGCGCCAUUACAGGCGAAGGUCUUUUUGAGGGUCUUGGAUGGCUAUCUGAGCACGUCAAGCUCCAGGCCGCCAGGCAAGGGAAAUAAACUUUUUACUGUAUUAAUACUCAGCUUGGAGUCUUCGGCCCCCUCGAUCUGACUGCGGACAUCGUCAUUCAUCUUUCCGCGGUCACUCAUCAAUCACAGCAGUGCGGCUUCAACGUUUCCUGUACCAUAUGAUUUCACACUUCGGCAUCUAGACAGCUACCAGCUUCUUCUUCUUCUUCUUCCUUACACGCAGUUCAUCCACAGCGCUGCGGUAAUGAGCGGAAGCGAAAGGACGCUGUCUGCGGACAUCGGCUACACAUGA